AUGCCACGUAGAAAAAUAUAUCGUACCCCUGAAGAAGAAGUGGAACAUAAACGACUUCAAUGCGAAAAACGAAGGAAAAAAUAUCAUCAAAAGCGUAUGCUCCAACAAACUGUCUUUGAUACAUCAUCUUCACACAAUUUUUAUUCUCAUUCUUUAUCUCUUGAUCAUUCGUACAAUGCAUCUUUGCCAGAAACUGUUAAUCAUGUAUUACUGGAUCAUUCUUAUGAUGUAUCUUGGAAUAAUACUGAACCACUUAUAGAUUUAACUCUUGAGACUACUUUAACACCUAACAAUCAUAGUAAUAUUAAUAAUAAUUUAAAUUUGACAGAUGAAACUAAUCAAGUAAUUAACAACAAUACCAAUGAUAAUAACAUAAUAACAACUCAAUCUGUUUCUACUGCAGCCAAUAAUAACAGUUUGUCAAAUGUAUACGAUUCAUCCUAUUUCUAUACUAUUAUACGUAAUAUUGAAGAAAAUUACAUCGGAAAGAUGGAUAUCAUUUGUAUUCAUUAUAAUGCGAAACAUUUUCCUGAUGAAAGAGUUACCAAUAAAAAGAAUUCUUUUAAUGACUGUUGUCAUCAUGGUAAAGUAAAACUUGAACCUCUACCAACCACCCCAACAUUACUACAAUCAUUGUUUGAAGGUAAUCAUCCAAAAUCAACUAAUUUUUUUCAAUGUAUUCGUCAGUUCAAUAAUUCUCACUCCUUUGCUUCAUUUAAUGCUAAUCUAAUCAAUUUUAAUAAUCAACGUAGUGGUCCGUAUUGUUUUAAAAUACAAGGACAAGUUUACUAUCAAAUUAACACAGCAUUAUAUCCAGAUUCAAGUACAACUCCUGCAUUUGGUCAACUGUUUAUUUAUGAUGAACAGCAAGCAGUUCAAUUUCGAUUACAAAAUAACGUACAAUGUGAUAUUGAAAUUUUUGAACUAUUAGAUUCUUUGAUGAGACAAUAUAAUGCAUUUGCUAAAUCUUAUCUAAUGAUGAAAGAAGUAAUUGAAAAUGAGAAAAGAAAAAACAACAAUAUCGAACCUGAAUUACAUUUAUCAUCUACAUUGAAACCCGGUGUAGAUCGAAGACGUUAUAAUCUUCAAAGAGAAAAUGAAGUAGCUGCUAUCUUUUCAACGAAUGCUAAUGGAGACAUACCAGAAUUCUAUGUUUCUAUUAUAAAUAAAUCAACUAAAACAUUAAAGCAUAUAAAUACUAUGGACCCUAAUGUAGAAACAUGGGUUUAUCCAUUAUUUUAUCCAUUUGGUACUCAAGGUUGGUAUAAAGAUAUCCCUUAUCAUCAAGCAAAUGGGAAAGUAACUCGAAAUGAUUAUUAUAAAUAUCAAAUAGCUAUUAGAGAUGGAUUUAAUAUUUUUUCAAUGGGUCGUCGAUUAUUUCAACAGUGGAUAGUUGACGCUUAUGUUAAAGUAGAAAAAGAUAGAAUGAACUUUUUUAGAUACAAUCAGAAACAAAUUCGUUCCGAAACUUAUGAAGGUUUAUUAGAUUAUCUACAUCAUCAAGCAAAUAAUGAUGGUAGUAAUAUUGGAAAAGUAUUUAUACUUCUAUCAUCAUUUAUUGGUUCACCUCGAAAUAUGUUACAAAAUUAUCAGGACGCUAUGGCAAUAGUUCGAAAAUAUGGAAAACCAGAUCUUUUCAUUACAAUGACAUGCAAUCCCAAUUGGCAUGAAAUUAAAGAGAACCUCUUACCCAAUCAAACGCCAUCAGACAGGCCAGAUAUUGUUGCACGAAAACGUAGAUUACCCCAUAUUCAUAUGUUACUUACAUUACACCAUAAUUACAAAAUAACUACUCCUAACAUAGUUGAUCGAUAUAUCUGUGCUGAACUUCCGAUUCAAACCGAAGAUCCCACAUUAUAUGAGAUUGUUACUAAAAAUAUGCUUCAUGGUCCAUGUGGGGCUUGGUGUUUAGUAAACAACAAAUGUUCAAAACACUAUCCGAAAGAUUUUUGCAACGAAACAACUAUGGAUGCAGACGGUUAUCCUCAAUAUCGUCGUAGAAAUUCUACUAUAACAUUCACACGACGUAAUAGAGAUAUUUUCACUAAUCAACAUGUUGUUCCAUAUAAUAAUGUUCUAUUGAAAAUGUUUAACGCUCAUAUUAAUGGCGAAGCUGUUUCCAGCAUAAAAUCUGUUAAAUAUCUAUAUAAAUAUGUAUAUAAAGGUCAUGAUCGAGUGGUAAUUACUGUUACUGGUACUACAUCAAAUUUAAAUGCAUCUCAAACAAAUAACAAUAAUUCAAAUGUAAUAAAUCAUGAUGAAAUAACUGACCAUAUCGACAGUCGCUAUGUUGGUCCAGUUGAGGCAAUUUGGAGGAUACUAUCAAAACCACUACAAAAUAAAAGUCAUGCUAUUACACGAUUACCGGUACAUUUACCUAAUCAACAUACUCUUACAAUUACUGCUAAUCCAACUCAACAGCAAGUUAUGGAUGCUUUACAAAAAGAUUCAAUGCUCAUAGGUUAUUUUGCACUAAAUGCACGUGAUCCACAAGCUAAACAAUAUUUAUAUGUACAAAUUCCGAGUUACUAUGUUUUUAAGAAACAAGGAAAUACCAAUAUCAAAAAAUGGGAAAGACGUCAAAAAAAAUUCACUGUUAUUGGUAGAAUGUACUCAGUUAGCCCAACUAAAAUUGAAUUAUUCCAUCUUCGAUUACUUUUAACCACCGUAAAAGGAGCAAUUAGUUAUGACGAUUUAAAAACUGUUAAUGGUAAUGUAUACGAUACUUUCACAGAUGCAUGUUUAGCUUUAGGUCUUAUUGAAGACGAUGAUGAAUGGAAACGAGUUCUACAUGAAGCGGAAAUAUGGAUGAUGCCUCGACAAUUACGCGAUUUAUAUGUACGUAUAAUAAUGCAUUGUAAUCCACUUCAUCCAGAAGAACUUUGA